AUGUCCAUUAAAGAUGUUGAACAAGAGUGGCUCCGAUCAGUUAAGCUUCAAGUGUUUGCUUUGUGCAUACUUCUCUGUCAUGCCCCCUGCAAUGGCCUAAACUGCUCAAAGGCCACCCAGCCCGCGCUGCUGUCCGCGCUGGAGCCAGUGUUCAAUCUGAACGCCAUCCGCCCCGUCAUGGACAUGGACACCCCCACGAACGUCACCAUCUACUUCACCCUGUACGGCAUCCUCGGAGUGGUGAGUCGCCUUCAUAUGAGCUGA